CCCCGCACCGCGCCGUGCGCCCACCUGUGGGCCAGAGCAGCUAGGAUCCCAGCGAGUCCUGCUCCGGCCGCCCAGCUCGUCGGAGGCCGGCAGCGUGGCCAUGUGCGCCCCGGUCAGCCUGCGGCAUGAGGCGGAGGGCAUGUCCUACCUGCACGCGUCCUGGGUGUAUCAGCUUCAACAUGGCGACCAGCUGAGGGUUUGCUUCGCUUGCUUCAAGGCUGCCUUUCUGGACUUUAAAGAGUUUUUGGAGGAGGAGGACUGGGAAGAUGAAGACUGGAACCCUGAGCUGGUGGUGCACACGGGGGCGGGGUCUGAGCUGGGGGCAUCCCCGGGGGUGGGGCCCGGCUGGGGGCAGGCCCAAGGGGGGCCUGCCCAGGGCGGGGCUGUGGCCUGGGGGCCGGACCCCCUGGGGGCAGGCCCUGUGGGGUACGAGGAGGUGGGCCUGGACCAUUACUUCGUGCCCACCGAGCUGGAGCCUCAGAACGCGGUGCCCCUGGGCCUGGGUCCCGAGGACGCUGACUGGGUCCAGGGCCUCCCCUGGAGACUUGGGAGGCUUCCGACCUGCUCGCACUGGCCAUGCUCCUCUCUUCCCUGGCAGGGGUUUCUCAGAGUGGACCUGCCCCCAGGGGCGCCCAUGGUCCUGGAGCUGGGCACCACCCAGGCCGUGGACCCUGCUGAGGCCGAGGCCUGGUUGCUGGGCCUGCAGGUCAUCUGUAUGGUGGGCUUCUACGAUGCCAUCUACUUCCGCAAGAUGAAGCCGACACGGGCCCUGAGGACCCCAGGCCAGCGUUGGAAGCUGGUGCUGGAGCCCAACGAGCUGUGGGUGGUGAGACUUCAAGACGCACCCCAGGUGCAGGACCUGCACCGGUGGCAGCUCAGUAUUCUGGAAUCCUCUCCUCCGGCGGGGAAUGAAGAGCUGGUCCCUGCAGACUCGGCCCUGCUUAAAAGGGGAUUCUCCAUCCUCUCUUUUUCACCCUGGGCCCAAAGGGAGGCAGAGGAGGGGGACUCGGCACCUGGGCCACAGCCCUCCAGCCGAGGAGGGGACCCGGGCCCCAGCGGGCCCAGAGGGCCUGGGGAGGGCCUGGCCGUCCCGGGAGCCUCAGCCCCGGGGGAGCUGCCGUGUUUCCAGCCCUUCGGCCCAGGGCCCCAGAACUGA